AUGAAGGCAGCAGUGGUGCGGAGCAACCGGGCCCUGCGGGAGCCUCCGUGCAACGCGGCAGAUCCCAGCGUGGCAGCAGCGGCACCUUGGAUGCUCCGUGGCACCUCCUCGACCUUGCGGGAGCUCUGGGACGCCUGUUGUCGCUCAGCGGCAGGGCACGCCUCCUCCGCGAGCCUAUUUAAAGAGGAGCUGGUGCGCGGCUUGCUGCGAAGAGCCAAGGAAUUCCGGAGGAGCGAGAGCGCGAACGCCGGGAUGGGAAACCUGCCUCCCCGCUUGGCUUGGCUCGGGAUGUCCGGCCGCUCGGGGACAGUGACGGGGACCCUCCUGCUCCUGCUCCUCGCGCCCGGCUGGCGGGAGGGCCGCAGUGACAGGGAGGACGAUGUGGCCGUGGCGACGGUCAGAGCCCGCACCCUGCUGCGUGUGACCACCCUGCGCACAGGGAUGCUGCUGCGGGCGCUUUGCUGUUCCCUGCCCUCAGGCCAGGUGCACAUGGAGCGUUGCUCGUCACAGGAAUUCCUGCUUUGCGGCUUGCAGGGCCGGGCUGUGCAUGGGACCCUGAGCUCCUGCUUGUCCUGUCUGCUCCGGCCCUGCUUCCUAGGGGCCCCUCGAGCUUCUGAUGAGCUGGGGAUGAGAAACAGGUGGAUCCCGUGGGCACCAGGAGCUCGCGCCGGGCCCGGGAUGUGGGCUGGGAGCUGGCGCGCGUUCCCGCUCCCGGCGGGUACCAGCCACGUGCUGGACGCGUGCGGCUGCUGCAAGGUGUGCGCCAGGCAGCUGGGCGAGCUCUGCUCCGCGCGGGAGCCCUGCGACCACCACAAGGGCCUCUACUGCGACGCCGCCAAGGGCCACCGCGGCAGCGGCAUCUGCCUGGCUCACGAAGGGGCAACCUGCGACCUGCUGGGCAAGAUCUACCACAACGGCGAGAGCUUCCAGCCCACGUGCAAGCUGCAGUGCAUCUGCAUGGUUUUCAAGGAGACGCCGGCCCAAAAGCCGGAGGUGAACGACGUGCAGGAGAACUGCCUGGUGCAGACCACGGCGUGGAGCGCCUGCUCCAAGAGCUGCGGCAUGGGCAUCUCCGCCCGCGUCACCAACGACAACCCCCAGUGCCGCCUGGAGAAGGAGACCCGGCUCUGCAUGGUCCGGCCCUGCGACUUCCCUAUGGAGAAGACCAAGAGAUUGUCCAACAAGAUGCCCCCCUGCCACUACGACUGCCCCCGCGACAACGACAUCUUCUUGGCCACGCACCGCAGGAGGAUGAUUGGAGACCACGUCAGGGCAGAGAGGCAGUAG